CACUGUUUAGUUGCAUAAAUCAUUUAAAUCAUAGGUCAGCUUUUAAAUAAAACAAGAAAAACGCCCAUUUUACGUUGAGUUAUUGUCGGUGCAGCAACAUUUUGCGAAAAUGAAUCGAAUAUUUGGAAGAGGAAAGCCCAAAGAACCUCCCCCAAAUCUCAAUGAUGUUAUACAAGGAGUUGACAGUCGAGCUGAAAGUAUAGAAGGUAAGAUAGCAAAAUUAGAUGCAGAACUGAAAAAGUACAAGGAUCAAAUGGCAAAAAUGAGAGAAGGGCCUGCUAAAAACAAUGUCAAACAAAAAGCUAUCCGGGUUCUUAAACAAAAGAAACAGUAUGAAUCACAGCUUGACAACCUAAGGCAACAGUCAUUUAAUAUGGAACAAGCCAAUUAUGCUACACAAUCUUUAAAGGAUACUCAAGCAACUGUCGUCGCAAUGAAAGCUGGUGUGAAAUCAAUGCAGAAAGAGUUCAAGAAAAUAAACAUUGAUCAAAUUGAAGAUCUACAAGAUGAAAUGGCAGACAUGCUAGACAUGCAUGAAGAAGUUCAGGAGGCUUUGGGUCGAUCAUAUGGGAUGCCGGAAAUAGAUGAUGAUGAACUUCAAGCCGAGUUAGAUGCCCUAGGGGACGAAAUUGCCCUGGAUGAUGACACAAGCUAUUUGGAUGAAGUAAAAUCACCUGCUGCUCCCAACAAAGAACCUGGAGCCGAUAGUAUUAAAAACAAAGAUGGUGUGCCAGUCGAUGAAUUCGGUCUACCCCAAAUACCAGCAUCAUAAAAUCGCCGAGCUGCUAAUUUACCUCCAAGGACACAUUGGCAAGCUUUCCUUCACAUGACCAAAAUUCAGCAAUCUCACACUGAUGGUGGUAGUGUGUUAUGCGUAAUAAGCUUUUGUUAUUUGAUACACAACAAAAGAAGAUGAUAUGUGCAAUUUAAGCUAGUUUAAUAUUUUGUAUGCUCACUGUAUCAAAUUAGAUAAAUUAAUCUGUUAUACAUGGUAAUAUAUUUGUAUAUAAUCUUAUGAUUUGUAAUAAAAAAUAGAUUGUUAAGUAUC